UGAGCGCCUUCAUUCUGCUCUGAAGGGACGUAGCCGCGCGUUCUGCGGGAGAUACUCCAAAACUUACGCAUCGUGCCGUCAGUGUUGCGUUUUCUCCUGUUUCAGUGAGUCAGAUACGAGCUGCUCAGCUGGUUGUGCUCGGGGAGAGCCCCGCUGAAGUGAUCAAACAUGCCGGUCCGUACCGACCGCCGCCAGGGCCCGUGGUUGGCCUGUACGGCCUCGGCCUCUCUCGUGCCGCCCCCGCCGAUCAACACCCUCCAGCCCGGCGUCAACACCUCGCUGCUCUACAGCGGCUCCCAGUUCCGCGGCUACCAGAAGAGCAAAGGAAACUCGUAUGAUGUCGAGGUGGUUCUGCAGCACGUGACCACGGAGGACUCGUACCUGUGCGGAUACCUCAAGAUCAAAGGCCUGACAGAGGAAUAUCCCACACUCACUACCUUCUUUGCUGGAGAGAUCAUAAGCAAGAAAAGGCCUUUUUUAACCAGGAAAUGGGACGCGGAUGAGGAUGUCGACAGAAAACACUGGGGGAAGUUCCAAGCAUUUUAUCGGUACGCGAAAAGCUUUAAUUCGGAUGAUUUCGACUAUGAAGAACUAAAGAAUAGCGAUUACGUCUUCAUGCGGUGGAAGGAGCAGUUCCUAGUUCCAGAUCACACGAUCAAAGACAUCAGCGGUGCUUCCUUCGCUGGCUUCUACUACAUCUGUUUCCAGAAGUCUACAGCCACCAUCGAGGGCUACUACUACCACAGAAGCUCUGAAUGGUAUCAGUCUCUGAACCUCACACACGUCCCUGAACACAGCGCACCCAUCUACGAGUUCAGAUGACACUGACGUCCUGGAGGUGAAUCUACAGCGGACCGAGGAACUGGACACGAGAGGAACUGUCUAACGAUUACGCCCAGGACUCGGCUGUCCUCUCCCCUCAGUCUAAGAAUUAAACGGAGGUACAGAUGACGGAGAAACUCUUUCAGGAGACGGUCUACACAAGCCGAGCAAGCGAGCGGGAUUCGGGGAUUCGCAGCAGUGUUUUGGGUUUCCUUUUAAGUUUCAGAGUUUUUAACGCUUCUGUCCUUCGAUCAUCUUAGAAAACUACUUUUAUCCUUAAGGUUUGGGGAUUAAAACCACAGUUUUUCUUUGUCCUGGAUCGAAGAGCCAACUCACUAUUUUUUUCUUUGCUUGUAAUUUGGUAAAACAGCAUGGCCAAUCGAGAAGUUUUAAUUUAUUUUUUUAUCAUUGUCUGUGGAAUCGAGGACUGUGGAAAUGACUGUGAGCUGGGGACGGUGUAUACAGACGCUGGGAUGUCCUUCGAAGACGUAUCAAAGAUCCGGUGUGUGUUAUGAUGAAUGCAUAGAGUUGCAAUUGUCUGUGGCUUGCUUGGGCCUCAGAUGUUGUUUUUUAUUAAUGUAAGGUGUAUCAUCAAAACUCUCAUGUGUUUGUCUAGCAGCUGGGUCCUUCGCUUCUAUGUGUGAGAUAUUUUUAAUGAUGAAAUGAAACAGAGUCAGGUGUUUGGAAAGAGGUAUAUAUAUAUUAAUCCAUGGAGGUAAAGCUAUUUGUAAAGCUGCUUUGGAUGAAACAUUUCCUUCGAAGUUGGGGAAAAAAUGUGUGUGUAGUUUUACGCUCCUUGUUUUGCUAUGCAACCUGAGAACAAAUCUCAGCUUAUAAGAAUCUCAAGUUUAUGGAAGUCUGUGUCCACCACGCGACGUGAUACCAACGUAAAGAUAACUGUGACUUUUUUUCUUUCCAUUACACAAUUCCCAAUUUUUUUUUUUUUUAAACAUCUCACAAUUCUUUCUUUUUUUCUUUUUUUUUUCAGAAUUUCAAAUGUACAUCUCAAAACUCCAGGAAAGAAAAAAUCAUAGAUUUUUUUUAUUUUUAUUCCACGUCUAUCUCGCUAAUAUAUAUAUAUAUUAGUGCUGUCAAACGAUUAAUUGCAUCCAAAAGUUUUUGUUUACAUAAUGUGUGUGUACUGUGUAUAUUUAUUAUGUGUUUAUUUAAAUACACACACAUGCAUGUAUAUAUUUAGGAAAAAUGUUACAUUUAUAUAUUAAACGUAUAUAUGAUAUCGUUUAUAUGAAUAGAAAUAUAUACAUGCAUAUAUUUUCAAAAUAUAUGCUGUAUGUUUGUUAUUAUAUACAAAUAUACACAGAACACACACAUAUAUUAUGUAAACAAAAGCAUUUAUUUUGGAUACGAUUAAUUGCGAUCUUUUUUGCACGCAAUUCUAUAUUCUGCCAUUUUAUUUCCUCUCAGAAUUCAAAGUUAAUAUCUUCCAAUUCGGAAUUUUUUUUUUUUUAUUAUUAUUGGAAUUUUCGAUUUAUCUCACAAUUUUUACUCUUUCUUUCUCAGAAUUCUAAAUUAACUUCUCUCAAUUUUUCCAAUGAAAUAAGUCAGAAUUGGGAUUUUAAAAAGUCACAAUUAUCUUUUUAUUAUCAAUAUUAUUAUUACGAGGUGGAUACAGGCUUUCAUACGAGUCUCUUAGGUUGGAGAAUGAUCACUUCUCACUUGUUCACUUUAAUAUCGACCGCUCUGAGAGUAAUAAUGAUUGGUAUUCGCUCGAAUGUCACACGGUGUGUGGGAACGCAAGGCCGCAGAAGCACAACAUUGCUUUCAGUCCUUGCUGAAGAAGUCAAAGAAUAAGAAAGUGUUUUUAUCGGAAGGCUCAGGAAGAUUUUUCAAAGUAGUUCAAAACAGCCAAGAUGGUGGACAACACUGUUUUUCUGAAUUACCCAUCAGCCUCAAGGCGCCAUUUUUAAUGGCCGUGAUCUGAUGCUACGGCAGCUCUGGUGAUCUACAUCUCUUACAGAAUAAAAACAACGCACAAAAUAUAACAUCUGAGGCUUCGAGGAACCUCUCACAAGGAGGAACCUCUCACGAGACACAAUACCCAGGUGUGUCCGUCCAUUUAAGCUUUAGUCGAACCCUUUGCCUUAAAAGUCAGAGAUUUGUCUAUAUAAACUACUUUUAUAACCAUUAGUUUAAGCUCUGUACAGACAGAAAGACUUAUACGAAUGUGAGUGUUAGGAAAAGACGUCUGAAACGAAAGAUUGCUGUACCUCAUCCGCCAAAACCUAUUUGUGUUUGGCAUCAGAUUCCUGCCACAUUUCAACCUGGUAAUGUUGAGGCGUCCUAAUAACAUUUUGUACAUCCAAAAUAAAAUUCUUUGAUCAUCCCUGCUAAUAAUGCACAUUACGCUGAAAACACCCAGUAUUGGACAUGUUUUGCAACUGUGUGUACAUCUGACAUCUUUUCCCGUCUGAGUUCUUUUGUUGUCCUCAGAAGCAGACACGUGGUCACCGAGAAGGGUUUGUGAAGACGUGGGAUGUUUGUUUGCUGCACUUAAUAACCUGCUGCCUGAAGGGCAAGAUUUAUUUACAGAAAUGCUAAGCUAAUGAAAGACCCCUGCACAUGCUGUUACAGGAAGAGGGGAUGUACAUAAUAGGGCUGUUUGUGGUGGACACAAGUGAUUUCAUUCUCCACAAAUAUGAGUGAUCUUUUUACUGGCACAAAAGGAUAAGAAAAUAAAGGAAAUAAGAAAAUAAA